AUGGAUUCCCAUCAACAGGGUAAUCUUGAGAACAUCAGGAAUCAUAAUACUGAAACUACUAAUGAAGUUGUUGAAGAUAUGGAACAUGAUCUGACCGAAGAAGGAGAACAACUUGCAAAAGAGUACUUUCAUGAGGGUUUUCUUGGAAAAGAUACUAGAGAUCAUAUUGGUUAUCUUAACACUCUACAUGCUCCUGAUAUUAUUUUUCUUUCUGAAACAAAAAUAAAUGAUAACAUGAUAAUUAGGUUAACCAACUUUUUGUGCAUGCCUAAUAGUGUUUAUGUCCCAUCUGUUGGUGCUUCUGGAGGCCUAAUUUUUUUAUGGAAAGAUGGCUUCUCAGUAGACAUUGUUGGCUCAAUUAGUAAAAUGAUCCAUGCUAUAGUGUCCAAUGAUCCUAGUAAAGGGGAAUGGUUUCUUUCUUGUAUCUAUGGUACUCCUUAUAAAACAGAACAAAAAGAACAAUGGUCUUACAUAAAUGAUCUUAGUAAAUCUGUUACUAUUCCUUGGGUAGUUUUAGGUGAUCUUAACAUUACUAUGUGCACUAAUGAUAUAAACCAUGCUACUUCUUCUAUUACUUCUCCUGAAAUUCUUGAGCUUAUAAAAGACUCAGAUUUGACUGAUCUAGGACUCAGUGGUUGUCCUUAUACUUGGACCAGUAACAAACAUGGCAUUGUAAAAUAUAAAUCUAGACUUGAUAGGGCUAUAAUUAACAGUCAUUGGUCAAUAGAUUAUCCUAAUGCUAUUCUGACCCAUCUCCCCCAAAGAGGCUCUGAUCAUACUCCAAUUUUAUUAGAGUUAUAUAAGGAAAGUCUAGUUAAAGGUAGAAACUGGAAAUUCUUUAAACAUUGGUUAAAAGAUGAAAAUUGUCAUGAUGAAAUGAAGAAAUCUUGGGAUAGAGAAUCCCUGGAAGUUCUUCUGAAAAAUCAUUUUAUGAAUAUCAUUAAAACCUCUCAUCCUUCCAACAGUGCUGAUUUUCUUAAGUAUAUUCAUUCUUGUAUAUCUGAGGAAGACAAUGAAGAGUUAGAAGCCAUCCCAAGUGAGCAAGAAAUAUAUAAUGCUUUGAUGACUAUGGAUCCAUGGAAAUCUCCAGGUCCAGAUGUAUUUCCUCCUGGUUUUUAUCAGACAAAAUGGAAGAUUGUUAAAGAAGAUGUUUGCAAAACUAUCAAGUCUUUUUUCCAUUCAGUGUACAAGAUAAUUUCCAAAGUUAUUGCUCUAAGAACAAAGAAACACAUCUCAAGUAUAAUCUCUCCUAUGCAAGCUGCUUAUGUACCGAGAAGAUUGAUUUCUGAAAAUAGGUUGGGUUUUAGCAGUAAAUUCUGCCAACUGAUCUCUCAAUGUAUUUCUACUACUGAAAUUGAAGUUCUCAUCAAUGGUUCUCCUUCAACACAAUUCCAGCCAACUCGUGGGAAACUUCAGGGUGAUUCAUUAUCACCAUAUUUAUUCAUCCUAGCCAUCGAAAGUUUUUCUAGAUUUCUGGCUCAUUGUGAAAAACAUGGAGAACUCACAAGGGUUAUCAAUGAAUUCAGUAUCUGUUCUGGACAACUUAUCAACUUUAGCAAGUCUGUAGUUUAUUUUAGUGGUAAUAUGGAUCCAUUUGAUUGUCAAGAUAUUAGUGGUUUAUUUCAGGUUCGUCAACUUGAUAUCAAAGAAGAAAAAUAUAUGGGACUUCCUUUUUUUGUUGGCAGGAAUAGGAAAAUACUCUUUUCUGUUCUUAUUGAAAAGAUGGAUUAUAAAUACUCUAAAUGGAAUGCAAGCAACAUGUCGGAGGCAGCCAGAAGAGUUCAACAAGUAGCAAAAUGCAUCCAUCUGAAGGAUGUCAGGAGCGCGGAGCAAGCUGAAGAUCUGGGACUUUGGAAAGCAGUGGAAUGGGAUAAAGAACAAAAGCUAUACAGGGUGAUCUUUGAGCUUGAAGCGAAGAACAAAGUUGCUGACAUUCUUUCAAAGUUGGCUAAAGUAGAUGGUGUUACCAAUUCUUGGGGUAUUAACCCUCCAGAAGUUAUCAAGCAUCAGUUAGAUGAAGAUGCUAAGAAUGUAACUCUUUAA